AUGCUAGAGGGGGGAGCGGAGCCGGUUGGGGGGGGAGCGGAGCUGGUUGGGGGGGGAGCGGAACCGGUUGGGGGGGGAGCGGAGCCGGUUGGUGGGGGAGCGGAGCUGGUUGGGGGGGGGGCAGAGCCGGUUGGGGGGGGAGCGGAGCCAGUUGGGGGCGGAGGUGAGGCGGACGGGGCCGGCGGAGAAGCGGAAGGUGGAGAAGGGGAGGAGGAUGGGGGAGGAGGAGGGGGGGAAGGGGAUGUGGUGGGAGGCGGAGUGGGCGAGGAGGCAUAA